AUGGGCACGUGCCUAGAUUGGCACAGCGGAACCAUCAAAGCAUUGCCACAAUCCAUUUCAGAAAGUGAAAGAUCGGAUAUCGCUCUGAAAUGGCGUCACGACUACUUCGACGCUAACGCCGCACGUAUCGCUGCCGGCGAGCCUGUGGAGGAUAUCGAAAUCACCCUUGCAAGGACUCUUGAUGCUUUAUUAGAGAAGUAUGCAGCACACAAACAUCUUUUCGAUCGAGAGGCCAAGGAACAAUGUAUAGCUGCUUGGCACUCAAUGCCGGCAUGGCCGGAUGUCGCCCCAGCCCUUGAGCAGCUAAAAGCAGAAGGCUAUGAAAUAUUUGUCCAUGCGAAUGGAACCACAAGAUUGCAACUCGAUCUCUGCAAAUCAUCGGGUCUAUCCUUCCACAUGCUAUUCUCUAGUCAGCUGCUUGGUGUGUACAAGCCUGCGCCAGAGAGCUACCGUGAGGUAUUGCGAUUGGUGGAUGUGAAACCGGAGGAAACCGUGCUUGUUGCCGCGCAUGCCUAUGAUGUUCGUGGAGCGAAGGAAGUGGGGAUGAAAACGGUAUAUGUCCACAGGUGGACUGACGAUAUCCAUGAAGAUAUGGAGAUUAUCAAAGGAGAGAAUGACUUCUUUCUCGAGGAUAUGACAAACCUUGUCGGGGUUAUUCAGCAGCUUUGA